CAGAUUAUGAAAUACAACGAGCAAUAAGAGCACAAAGAGUUCAACGUCCGCGUAUAAUCGUGUUGCACAAAGGAAAGCCCGUAUAUCAAAAUCACGAAGAAGCCGAUGCUAAUUUAGUUCUUAAAGCGGCCGUGGCGUCGAGACGUCACCGAAGAGAAAUAGCUGUCAUGCAACAAAGAAGUUCAUUUAUCUUUGGAGGGGAGAAAUACGAUGCACCAUUACUCAAGUCAGAUGAUACGACAGAUAUUUCAUCGGAAAGUAAUAAAAAUGAUAUGUCUCAAGAUUCAAAGCUUGAAACAAAUUCUUCGGUUGAAGAUGAAGUCACAAGAUUAUCGGUUACUCCAAAAGAAUCCCAAGUAAACGUGAUAUCAGAAGAAUCACAAGUAAACAUGAUGUCGGAAGAAUCCCAAGUAAACAUGAUAUCAGAAGAAUCCAAAGUAAACGUGAUAUCAGAAGAAUCCAACGGAACCAAAACAAAUAAUUUCAUUUCGGAAGAAAAAAUAAAUACACCUCGACCUCUGGCAAUUCCUACACAUAACAGUUCAAUUGUGAAAAAGGUGACUAAAUCGGUCAAAAAAUUCCUAGGACUUAAAAAAGAGAGAGGAAGAAAUAGCGUGAUGCCUAUCUACAAAUUUCUCAAGAAAAAUCCUUUGAGAAAAGAUAUCGAAGAAAAAAAGUAA